AUGUGUCUGAUUUGGGCGUGCAUGGACCAACGGUUUCACUACCUUCCAAUUUCUUUGUGGGGCUCGCUAUCCGGGCCGCGUCCGUACCUUAUUUUAACCCCCCAAACCCACCAGACAAAGGGAUGCGCGCUGCUCUUGAAACAAUGUAUUGACCUGUAA